AUGCCACUUUCUUCCGCUGAUACCGUCAAAUUAGAACAAGAAUAUUCUGCUCACAACUACCAUCCCUUACCAGUUGUAUUCCAUAAGGCUCAAGGAGCGCACGUUUGGGAUCCUGAAGGCAAGGAAUAUUUAGAUUUUUUAUCAGCAUACUCGGCUGUCAAUCAAGGUCACUGUCAUCCUAAAAUUGUAGAAGCACUUAUCGAUCAGGCUCAGAAGUUAACAUUAUCGUCAAGAGCUUUCUCUAGUGAUGUAUUUGCGGAGUUUGCUCAAUACGUAACCAAAUUUUUUGGCUAUGAAAUGGUUUUGCCAAUGAAUACCGGUGCAGAAGCUGUUGAAUCAGCACUUAAGUUAGCCCGUAGAUGGGGGUAUGAGAAAAAGGGAAUUCCAUCAGAUGAGGCUAUUAUCCUUGGUGCAGAAGGUAAUUUCCACGGUCGUACAUUUGGUGCAAUUUCGUUGUCAACAGAUGAAGAGGAUUCACGCAAAAAUUUUGGACCAUUUUUAGAAAACACUUCUGCUCAUUGUCCAACGACUCAUAAACCAAUUCGUUAUGGUGUUGCAGAGGAUUUAGAAGACAUCCUCAAAGUGAAGGGUGACAAAGUUGCUGCGAUUAUUCUGGAACCAAUUCAAGGUGAAGCUGGAAUUGUCGUACCACCAAAGGAUUAUUUGGUGAAAGUGCAAGCCAUGUGUAAAAAAUACAACGUUUUAUUCAUUUGCGAUGAAAUUCAAACAGGUAUUGGACGUACUGGUAAAUUGCUUUGCUUUGAGCAUUCGGGUGUUAAGCCUGACGUUGUUCUAUUAGGUAAGGCAAUUUCUGGUGGUAUGUUACCAGUGUCCUGUGUUUUAUCUUCAAAGGAAAUUUUGUUAACUUUAACCCCCGGCUCUCACGGUUCCACUUAUGGUGGUAACCCAUUAGCAUCUCGUGUAGCCAUUGCAGCUUUGGAUGUUGUUAAAAAUGAAAAUCUGGUGCAAAGAGCCCACGAUUUGGGUCUAUUCCUACAAAACGAAUUGCUAAAACUACAGAAGGAAUCGAAAGGUGCUAUUGCCGAAGUCCGUGGUGUAGGUCUUUUGACUGCUAUUGUGAUCGAUCCAACAAAGGCCAAUGGUCGUACAGCGUGGGAUCUCUGUCUGUUAAUGAAAGAUCAAGGUGUAUUGGCCAAGCCAACUCACGAGCACAUCAUUAGAUUGGCACCACCUCUGGUGAUCUCCGAAGAGGAUCUACGUAAAGGCGUUGAUGCUAUAAGGGAAAGUCUUAUUAAAUUACCCACCGCACCAAUCUCCAGUCAUUAG